AUGGCCUCUGUAUCUGGCCUGUCCUGUUUAUACUCUGUCCUCAUCCAGCAUGACAACAAGGUGACCAUCAUGGAGGAUAAAAUCAAUGCCUUGGCCAAUGUUAACACUGGGAGCCUCAUUUGCAACACAGGUGCUGGUGGGCCUGCUCCAACAGCUGGUGUGGCAACAGCAGGAGGUCCUGUCCCCAUCACCACAGCUUCCUCAGCUGAGGAGAAGAAAAUGCAAGCAAAGAAGGAAGAAUCUGAGGAGCCCAAUGAUUACAUGGGAUUUGGUCUUUUUGACUAA